ACAACCGGAAAUAUCUUCAUUCAUUUCCUUUGAAUGUUUUCUCCCCACACAGCUAGUUUAGCUACAUUGUACGGAGAAUUGAGAAAGCAUUAAAUACAGAUUGUAUUCAGUUUUGCAUUUCUAACAGAAAUAGACCGGGUCUGCAGUCAGUACAAACAUGUCGCACACAAUUUUGCUUGUCCAACCAACCAAGAGACCAGAGGGCCGCACUUAUGCUGACUAUGAGUCAGUGAAUGAAUGUAUGGAGGGUGUUUGCAAAAUGUACGAAGAGCAUCUUAAGAGGAUGAAUCCAAACAGUCCCUCCAUCACUUAUGACAUCAGUCAGCUGUUUGACUUCAUCGACGACUUGGCAGACCUGAGCUGUCUUGUGUACAGAGCUGACACUCAAACAUACCAACCAUACAACAAAGACUGGAUCAAGGAGAAGAUAUAUGUCCUUCUGCGGCGUCAGGCUCAGCAGGCAGCAAAGUAAAGGCAUCAGUGAGGAGUUGUCCGGCUACACACACUUGGAAGGAGAUAAUACUGCACUGUAUUUCCAAAGCGUCUUGAAGAUAUUUGUAUAAGGACACCAUUGUCAGUUUGACAAAGGGAGGGUUUACAUAUGAUACUGUUCAUGGGAAAAGGACAGGGUUUGAAAACUGGGGAAAGGAAAUUUGAGGCUUUAUACAGAAGAAGAGUCCUGCUCUGCGUAUGUUUGUAAUUUGUUACACUAAGAUCAGAGUGGGGCAACAAGCUGCAAGGACUCACUUUUGACUGAGAGGGAUUCAUGCAGGGCAAAAUGCUCCACAGGCUAGGUAAAAAAAAAAAAAAAAAAAAAAGUCACACUUAGCAGUGUGCUUUCAGUUUCCUUAAAAGUUAUGUGACAUUUUUUUAUAUACCUUACUGGGCAGUUGGGUUUGAACAUGCUGUGGAUUUUGAAUGCAGAUGCUUCAUUUUUGAAUGACUUAAAUGCCCGCAGACUGACUAACCCAUUAAUGUAACAGAUCCCAGAAGACUUAUUUUCCAUAUUUUAUCUAUUAUUAUAUUAUUGUCACUAUGUCCUACCAUCAUGAUGUAAAAUGUUUUGGGGUUUUUUUUUUUUUCAAGGUGUUGUCUUUUUACGUAGUAUCUGAUUUCAACUAUCCCAUUUCUGUUUCUGUUAUUAUAACGAAAUAAAAUAUUGUUUUAUGA